GAGGGCAAGAGAGGCCCAGGUCCAGCCCUAUGGUGGGUGAAUGGCCAAGGAGAUGAAAUAAAGUGGAGCUUCACCCGCCGUGCUGCCAAUGUCUUUGAGCAGACUUGUGGCCUGCAGCAGGGAGAUCGCCUGGCCUUGAUUCUGCCUCGAGUGCCCGAGUGGUGGCUGGUGACAGUGGGCUGCUUUCGAACAGGGAUUGUCUUCAUGCCUGGGACUAUCCAGCUGAAAGCCAAGGAUAUCCUCUAUCGACUACAAAGGUCUCAAGCCAAAGCCAUUGUGACCACAGGAAGUCUUGUCCCAGAGGUGGACUCUGUGGCUUCUGAGUGUCCUGCCCUGAAAACCAAGCUGGUGGUGUCUGAUCAUAGCCAUGAAGGGUGGCUCAACUUCCAGUCACUAAUUAAAUCAGUAUCCCCAAACCACACCUGUAUUAAGUCAAAGAUGAAGGAUCCCUUGGCCAUCUUCUUCACCAGUGGGACCACAGGUUUCCCCAAGAUGGCAAAGCAUGACCAGGGACUUGCCUUCCGGUCCUGUAUCCCUUCAUGCAGGAAAGUGUUUGGCCUGAAGACAUCUGACAUCUUGUGGUGUAUGUCUGACCCAGGAUGGAUUUUGGCUACCGUGGGGUGCCUGAUAGAACCAUGGGCAUCAGGAUCUACAGUAUUCAUCCACCACCUUCCUCAGUUCGACCCUAAUGUCAUUGUAGAGGUACUGUUCAAAUACCCCAUCACUCAAUGCCUUGCAGCACCAGCCGUGUAUCGAAUGAUUCUUCAGCAGAAAAUUGCCAAUCUCAGGUUCCCCACUGUGGAGCAUUGCAGCACUGGUGGGGAGAGCCUACUGCCUGAGGAAUACAAGCAAUGGAAGCAAAGGACAGGCCUUCUCAUUCAUGAGGUCUACGGACAGUCAGAAACGGGAAUAAGCUGUGCUGUCUUCCGGGAAAUGAAGAUCAAGAUAGGCUCCAUGGGAAAGCCUGUAUUACCCUUCAACGUCCAGAUCAUCGAUGAAAAGGGCAACAUCCUCCCACCCAACACUGAAGGAUACCUUGGCAUCAGGAUCAAGCCUACCAGACCUCUAGGUCUCUUUGUGGAGUAUGAGAAUGACCCGCAGAUGACAGCCGAAGUGGAAUGUGGGGACUUUUACAACAGUGGGGACAAAGCAACUGUUGAUGAUGAUGGCUACAUCUGGUUCUUGGGCAGGGGUGACGAAAUCAUCAAUGCUUCUGGGUACCGCAUCGGGCCUACAGAGGUGGAGAACGCCUUGGCAGAACACCCGGCUGUGGCGGAGUCAGCAGUAGUGAGCAGCCCGGACCCAAAUCGAGGAGAGGUGGUGAAGGCGUUUAUUGUCCUGACCCCAGAGUUCCUGUCACAUGAUCAGGAACAGCUUACCAAAGAGCUACAGCAGCAUGUGAAGUCAGUGACAGCACCAUACAAGUACCCCAGGAAGGUGGAGUUUGUUACAGAACUGCCCAAAACCGUCACAGGCAAAAUCAGAAGGAAGGAACUUCGAAUGAAGGAGUUCAGUCAGAGAUGA